CAUGAUGUCAUGUUUUAUAAGGUUCCAUUUUAGAUGUUUAGUUUUGUAUAAUGUGUUGUGUUUUGUUUUUUUUGUGUAUGAAUCAAAAUAGCUUCCGUGAAAGUUGUAACAUGCCGCAGACCAGUGUUUUAUUCAAACAUCUCCUGCUGGCUUCGUGUUGGAACACGAUAAGUUAAACGUGCUGAAAACACUAAUGCCACAAUACUUACAAACAACUGGGAGACUUGCAUGUGCUUAGCUUCAAUUCCUUUGUAUGCGUUGCAAUGCUAGUAUCCACAUGCACAUACAAAUUAUACUAGGACACAUCAGACACAACGGAACAUUCGCUUCUCAAGCUAGAUGCAUGCACCGAGCAAAGAGCUGACAAGAAGAGUAUCCUUGAGGAACUUACUAAAGAGUGUUUCUCUACACCAAAGCAAUGGAGUCAGAUGCUGACAAGAAUUCUCCAGGACAAUCCUACAAUAAUGAAACUCCUCCCGGAGGAAACUCGACAGCUUUUCCUGAACUUCUGCGAAUCAUGUUUCCUGUGCUGUACCUGGUGAUUUUCCUUGGUAGUGUCAUGCUAAACGGACUAGCAGUAUGGAUUUUUUUCCACAUCAGGAAUAAAACCAGUUUUAUUUUCUAUCUCAAGAACAUUAUGGUUGCUGACCUUUUAAUGACCGUGUCUUUUCCAUUUAAAAUUAUAUACACGUCUGAAGUGGCAUCAUGGAAUUUCGAUGUCUACUUCUGUAAAUAUAGUAGCAUAUUGUUUUACACAAGCAUGUACAUCUGCAUUGUGUUUCUUGGAUUGAUAAGUAUUGACAGGUACCUUAAAGUCGUAAAACCGUUUGAUAACUCUAAAAUAUACAGCAUCAAAUUCACAAAGAUUGUGUCGGCAUGUGUUUGGCUCUCCAUGACUUUGUUUGCCUUACCAAAUGUCAUCCUUACAGACAGCCAACCAACUGGAGACAAUGUAAAUGACUGCACAAAAUUUAAAAGCCCUAUAGGAGUGAAGUGGCAUGAAGCUAUUAUUUAUAUUGAUAUGUUUAUAUUCUUCACUGUGAUGGUUGUGUUAAUCGUUUGCUACAUUUCAAUAUCCCGACAUAUCCAAAAAUCCAGCAAACCAUUCAUCAGUUGCUCAAGUCGAACGCGGAGACAUAACCAAAGCAUACGUGUCGUCGUAGCUGUAUUUUUUGUCUGCUUUUUGCCCUACCAUCUAUGUGGAAUCCCCUUUGCAUACAGUAAAUUGGAUGAGAUCCUAGACAAACAAGUCUACAAGAUUUUACUCUACUGCAGAGAAGCAACACUCUUCCUGUCUGCAUGCAAUGUCUGCCUUGACCCCAUCAUUUAUUUCUUCAUGUGCCGAUCAUUUUCUCAGAGGUUGUUUAACAGAUCGAACAUUAGAUCAAGGAGCGAGAGCAUUCGUUCUCUUCAAAGUGUACGAAAAUCCGAGGUGCGCAUAUACUGUGAAUAUACGGAGGUUUAAGCUGGGUAUUUCAUUGUAUGAUUACAUUUUAUGUAUAUAGUGAUGAAUAAAAUAUUACAUCUGUUUUUUAAGCUGAAACAUCUGUG